CAUUGGAUAACACCUUUCCAUUAUAGCUUCGAAAAACGAUACAUGAUCUUUAUGUUUGUACACUUGCGCAGUAAUGUCGCGGUCUGGAAUGGCGCGCCCGCCCGAUGGACCGCGGCCAUCCUCAUCACUCUGGCUGCAUCGGGCGGCCAAUGCGACGGAAGCCUUGGCCAGCUUUGGAACUGAAUCUAAGAUCAGCUUCCCAACGGGACUGAUGUCCCCAGCGAGGACACAUAAAUCCACCGAGCAACAGAUUCGGGAGAAAUUCAGCUCGUUGUUCUACAUUGAUCGACCAACCCUUGAACUUGAGAUCACUGACUUCUUGACUUAUCCGGCGAAUGUCUGGUCCGAUCCGAACGAGAGACUGAAGUACCUGCUCGGAAAGCUGGAGAAUGCCGUGAAAGGCACUCCGAGGCGGCUGACUCGCUCGGCUACCAUGCUGGCCCGCACUCAGUCUGCCCAAAAGUUCCAGGAAGUGUUGGACGAUCCGAACCCCCCGGACUCCACCAGCAUGUCCGUCAAACAUGGACCAAAGAUCAGCGCCGCUGAGUUUGGAAAGAUUGAAUUACCAAUGCCCAUGUCCCAGCCGACCGGUCUCGUCUCGGCAAACACAUCCUUCAGCUCACACGCAUCAUUCUGGUCCAAUGCCCACAACAGUUCUCAGAGCGCCGGCACACCGGCGUCGUCGAUGGGUACUCCAAUGGAAAUAGACGGCGCAUGUGGCAAAAGUACCCCGGAUUCUGAGUUCCCCAUGUCAUCGAUGACUGCAGAAGCUUUCAGAGAGGCACUCAACGAUGUCCAAUCUGGCCGAAAUGAAACUGCGGUUGACAGUCCUUCGAGCUACAAAACUCCAUUUGAGAGCCCCUCGGAUUACAAGUCUCCGCUCGGGAGUGGCUCAAGUUCUGGGAGAAAACGAUCGCGAGAGGUCGAUGAUUCUCCCUUUGCGCCUGGGCGAGCGACCAAGGCUCAAGCAAUGGAUUUGCCAUAUCCAGCAUUCUCCAAUCCUCAGCAACCACCGGAAUCUGCUGCAGAGGUACAAACUCCUCCCAGAACUGCUGCGGCCGGCCAAGCACAAGCACCUUUACUGUCUCCUGCCAGAACUCCGGCCGUAAACCACCGAGUUCGGGACAUACCAGUCCACGGACUCUCUUCGAUCGAACUACCUCCUUCAUUUCUGAAACUGCGUUUCGACCUUCGACUGGAGGCCUACCGUGUCUUACAGACUGGGAAGAUCUUGCCAGGGGCCCUGGAAAUGCAAUGGCGAACGCCGCGCACCAUGGAAAAGUUGCACGAGUUGACAGAUCGCCUCGGUAUUCAGUAUCAACACGGCUUCAAGACCGACUUUUCCGAUGCGACUCUCUGCGCUCGUCUGCGAUGGGGGGAAGAUCCAAAAGGCCCAUUACUACGGCUCGAGUUCCUGCCGCCUCGGAAGGAACGUAGCAGCGAGUUGCAGCGCAAAUGGGGAUCCACUCGAUUUCUGUACGUUGAUUCCGUCGAUCCUGGAAGGCCGCCGAAAGGCAUUUCUGGAAAGGACGUUCGCGAGCGGUUUGUGCAGAUGCUUACCAACGAACACUCACUGCUGGGUAACAAGUACAAGCUCUUCUUUGCGCGAGAUAUCUCGAUAACUCCCAGUCAAACAAAGAUCCAUCGAAGCGUCCUAUCGGACGACGACCUCACCACAUUCAAUGUCAAUCGGUUCAAGAUGUCGGCGAAACCUUCCGUGCUUUACUCCGGGUUUCUCCCAAUUCUGCAGCACGGCGGCGUACCAUCUCACGUCAUACAUGAACACGUCAGGAAGUCUGUCGAGAUGCUCGUGGAUUCGUUCGAGGAGGCGCUGAAAUCUCCUGUGCAGUUCCGCCAAUGGCUUUCCGUGCAAAACGAGAUCCACCAGACUGCAAACCGGGAGCUCGGCAUCGAGACGGUGGCUGGAUUCCCGGUUCUUAUGUCGGAGAAGAUCUAUCAGAUGCUGGAAUCGGGCUUCGAGCCAACGAAAUGCCGCUUCCUUGCCGAUGAGAUUGCCACCCUGAUGACGGGCGUGUUCAAUUUGAAGAUGAAGAAUUUCAAGAUUCCGUAUGCGCGCUCGACGUCGCUCAUGGGAACCGUCGAUACGAGUGGACUCGUCAAACCCGGCGAAGUGCACAUCAGUUUCUCCACCACCUUCGUCGAUGCGGUCUCCGGUGAGCGCUCCUCUUCUUGGCAUGGCAUGGCAGCACUCGUUGCACGCAACCCAGCAAGGCGUCCGUCGGACAUUCGAAAGCUUCGUAUUGUAUCUCAUCCGGAUCUCAGCCACUUGACGGAUGUGGCCGUCUUUUCUUCUCUCGGUCCGCAGCCCGAAGGUAGCAAGAUGCAAGGCGGCGAUUACGAUGGAGAUACUUACUGGAUCUGUGUGGAGUCUAAGAUUGUAGACUCUUUUCAAAACUCUCCAGCUCCGAGGGAAUCCGAACUUCCCGACAUCUCCGAACUGCUUAUCGAAAAGGACGGUGCUCUGGUGCGCGACAUCAUUUCGAUCCCGGAGAGCGACGGUGCAGCAUUGGAUGAGGACGAGGUUGCGGAAUGGAUCCGAUCGAAUCUUAGAACAAUAUCGCGUCCAUCCGGGCCGAGCACCUGAACAACCUCCUGGACUACUUGAUCGAUGCCCCGAAACGGUGCUUGACAUUCGACUACGCAGCAUGGCAGAAGUUUCAACAGAAAUACGAUAUACCUCGCGAUCUGCCCAAGCCCGCGCAUCGCCCAUUCACCAGUCUCGACGAGGAAAGUGGGAUCACUUUCGCUCAGGACUGGAACCCAAAGAACAUCAUCGACCAGGUGUACUUUGAGGUGCUACGCCCUGAGGCGAACAAAGCGAUGGAAAGAGUUUACCGGAUCAUGGACGACGCCUC